UAUCAAUGAUGUAUACAAUCACUAUUUUAGUUUUAAAAACUAGAAAUUUAUUUAGUCUGCUGUCAACUGUUAAUAUGACGUUUCUGUCAUUGUUAUUAAAUCACUAUUUUUUACCUAAACAUACUAACUGCAAUCUCAAAUAAAUAAAUAUGUUGAAUAAGAGUAAUUCGACAUAAUAAUGGCUUUAGAGGACUGUUCAUUGACAGCGAUUUAAACUUUACCACCAAUAUCAGGGUGAAAAUGAAUUUCUCGAACGAAAUUGAUUUCUAACUAGGUGAUUAAUAGUAGAUAUAUUAAUAUGGCUAGACAUGACCCAGGGAUACUUUGCUUUGAACACUGUGGUCAGCGAAGAAUAUUCUGUUUUGAACUACCUGAGCACUGCCCUGCUUGUAGAGCUCCUUUACUAAAAGAUCCAUCUUUAAUUCCUUUCAGAGUGCCAUUUCCAUUUGUGAAGGCUUCUCAAUACCCUUGUGCUGUUGUAAUAAAGCCAACUAAUGGUGACUUUCUCAGUGAAUACAAACUGUCUAUGGAUCUUCACAUUGGUAUUACAACAACCCAGGGACAAACUGUAGAAUAUGACAAGGAUGGAUUGAGCUAUGGCAGGGAUUGGUCUGAAAGCUUGUUGGUAUAUCAACUACAACUUCAGGAUGAAGAAGCUAUUGAUAUGUGGGAUUCCGUAAUCGAACAAGUGUCUUCACUCGACUCAUGGAGUCCAUUAAGGUACAAUGAAGAGACUUUCAACUGUUACACAUUUGUUUUAGCAUUUUUGAGAUGCCUUAAAUAUCCUCCACUCACAGAUGCAGUGAAGAGCAAAACCAUUUUCUGUGAACAUUUUGUAUUACCAAAGACUGAAAUAGCUUGGAAAUAUAUUAAACUUUAUAGACGUCUUAAAGAUAGUGGCUAUUAUGUCAGUAAAAUUAAUAAAGCAGAUAUUACAGAAUGUGGUUUAUAAUAUACAAGGAAACUAUAAAUCAAUUAUAUUUUAUAUUUCUAUACAAAUGCUGUAUGCAAUACAUUUUUCUAAUAAAACUAAUUUUUCUAAGUUUUUAUCCUAUUAA